AGAGUCAAUAACUCUGUGAGUCUAUAUAAGGGCAGCUGGAGUGGAGGUAAUUGAUGCUUUUGCUUUACGGAUUUGAGAAUUCCUACCUUCCCCGGUGAUGGCAUCUUGUUCCAGGCAAACAUCGAAGCUUAUAGAUUUGAGGUGUCCUGGGAGAGCUGCAACUUCCAACAGCUGGGGGAGAAAGAGUGCUGUCUGGGAAUAGAAGUAAGCGCUGAAGGAACAAGCCUGGCUUGUUUCCCAGUUUUGGAUCACAUAUUUGCUACCCUGUUUUCCAGCAAAUUCACUGGAAAGAAGAGAGUCUCUUUCUCUCAUGAUGAACUCUUCUUUUUUUCUACACACUUUGGAUCUCAACUUGAGCUCUUUGAGGGGCAACAUGUCAGGACCCAUCAUCAAGAGCAAGUCAUCACCAUGUGAGCAAGUGGGCAUAGCUGUCGAGGUGUUCCUGACUCUUGGUAUCAUCAGCCUCUUGGAGAACAUUUUAGUCAUCGGUGCCAUAGUUAAGAACAAGAACUUGCACUCUCCCAUGUAUUUCUUUGUAUGCAAUCUAGCUGUUGCAGACAUGCUAGUGAGUGUGUCCAAUGCCUGGGAGACCAUCACAAUAUACUUAAUAAACAAUAAGCAUCUGGUGAUGGAAGAUGCUUUUGUGCGCCAUAUAGACAAUGUAUUUGAUUCUAUGAUCUGCAUCUCUGUGGUGGCCUCCAUGUGCAGUUUGUUGGCCAUUGCAGUGGACAGGUAUGUCACCAUCUUCUAUGCCCUGCGCUACCACAACAUCAUGACAGUGAAGCGAUCAGGGAUCAUCAUUGCAUGCAUCUGGACUUUUUGCACUGGUUGUGGCAUCAUCUUCAUCCUUUACUAUGAGUCUACUUAUGUCAUCAUUUGUCUCAUUACCAUGUUUUUCACCAUGCUGUUCCUUAUGGUAUCUCUGUACAUCCAUAUGUUUCUCCUGGCUCGGACUCAUGUGAAACAGAUUGCAGCCCUGUCUGGCUAUAGUUCGGUUAGGCAGAGGAUCAGCAUGAAGGGAGCCAUCACCCUGACAAUGUUACUUGGGGUUUUCAUUGUUUGCUGGGCUCCAUUUUUCCUCCACCUCAUCCUAAUGAUUUCUUGUCCCCAGAACCUUUAUUGUGUUUGCUUCAUGUCCCAUUUCAACAUGUACCUCAUACUCAUCAUGUGUAAUUCUGUGAUCGACCCUCUGAUCUAUGCCUUCCGCAGCCAGGAGAUGAGGAAGACCUUCAAAGAGAUUAUUUGUUGCUAUGGACUAAGAAUGACCUUUGGGUUCCCUAUCAAGUAUUAAAAACAUAUUAUUUUUAUUCUGUUUUUCUCUCUCAUUUCCUUUUUGGACAAAAGACACAUAGUUACUGCAGAGGGGUGGAUAGUUUUGCAGUUAGACAAACUACAAAUUGAGUCAUGUAUUAACGUUUCAUAUAUGUUCUCUUCCCAAAUCAGAUGCAUGUACAAGUUUUUUUUUCCCUCUGCUUGGCGUGGAAUGCUAAUCAACCCUCAAUUAUCCACCUGUGGCUAAUCCAUUUAAGAUAUUUUCCACUUCAAAUAUCCAAUGUCUAAGCACACUUCUUUCUUCCCUUCUCCCCCUCCCCCAAUCUAUGCUAUUCCCCCAGAUUCCUAUUGGUGUUGCUUGCUUGGAGAAUGAAAACUAACUUUAGCAUUAGCCUGAGCAAAACAGAAUCACGGAACUAAAUCAGCUUCCUCGAAAAAUAAAGAAAUAAAUCAUGCAAUGCAUUCUCAACCUAAAUCCAAAUGAUUAUAACAACAUUGUCUAUUUGUAAACCAAUAGGCUGAUGCUCCCCCCUCAAUUAGUGUAGAUAAUUGAGAGCUAACUACUUUUUUUUUUUUGGUGGGGUAAUGAGGGUUAAGUGAUUUACCCAGGGUCACACAGCUAGUGUCAAGUGUCUGAGGCUGGAUUUGAACUCAAGUCCUCCUGAAUCCAGGGCCAGUGCUUUAUCCACUGUGCCACCUAGUUGCCCCUGAUGACUACAUUUUUUAAGUGAUGUGUGUAUGUUGACAUGUUAUGUAUCUUUUCUCCCCCAGACACAAUUUCAUGAUGGACUGAUGCUCACUAGAGUUAGAUACACUUUCUAAGAGGGAUAAGAGAGUACUCUUGGUCCAACUUUGCCUUAUUGAGAUUUAUUGUCAUCACUGAAAUCUCUUAUUUCUUUCCUCCCCACCCCCAGUUUUAUGGUUUUGGAUGUGUAUUCAUUAAGUGCCUGCCAGUGAAAUUUUCUUAUUUCUAACAAAAAUAUGCUGUAAUACUUGUUACAUCUUUCAGUGAUUUCUCUGGAACUAAUUUUUGUUGCCUGAUCCCUAUUGAAUACAGGGUUUCCAGGGCCUGCACAAUAGCCUUAACCAUAAGAAGACAGUAUCUGUAAGUCCCACAAAUUGUACUGUGGCCCAUAUUUAAGGUCAAGAUAUGCCACUCACUGACCAUGUCCAAGUUGGAUUUGCCUUAAGGCUAAAAAAAUACAUUGGCAUCAAAGAAGGUGGCAAGCCUAAUCUGCAUAUGUUUUGAAACACUUUGGUCUGACAACACUGAAGUUAAGAUGUACUGAUCUUAAGAGCAGUGAUUUGCUUCUUUUUUCUUCAUCCAAGAGGCAUAUCUAAAGGGGUGAAUGUGAUUACUUUUGGUAUUAAAAUAAUUUGCUUUAAUUUUGCUCACUCUCACCUGGAAUGCUCCCAAAGUGGGAUAUGAUAUAAAAAGAACAGUAGUGGAUAUGCAGCACCUAACAAUUGGCCAUUGGGGUUCAGGAUCUAAAAUAUACGUUACCUUUCUUAAUUGCUCCCAUCUGGGUUCAAUACUGUAUUGGGUUUGGUAUACAAUAAUUAACACAGAUAUAAGUACUCUUAUAAUUCAAGGUUAACAGUUCCUGAAUCAUGUGGGAUUGAAGAACUCAAACUCACUGGAUGUAAUGUGGUACAAGGGGCAAAACAUUGAAUUUGAAGUGAGAGGACUUGGGUUUGAAUCCUAGAUCUGCUACUGUCUACUUGUGAGGUCUUCAGCAAGUCAUUUAAGCUUUCUGAGCCUCAGUUUCCUCACCUGUAAAACUGGAGAGUUAGAAUAGAUGACUUCUGGGUUUCUUUCUAGCUGUGUCUGAUUACUAGAAUAUCAAUAUUCUGAGGUUAAAGGUGGUCUCUAGAGCUUUACAAUAUCUCUAUAUCAAGAAAGUCAUUCUGCCUGUUGGGGAAUUGUCUUGUUAGGCCAAAUAAGAGUUAUCUAUUUCUAUGCUAACCACCUAUUCACAUUAAUGAAAAGUAAAUAACUUUUUAUAUUGCUCCAGAAAAUCUCAAUAUGCUUAUUUUAUUUGUUACCCAAGAGUCACUCCAGACUUUUGUUAUUGGUCUAGUAGAGUUGGAUACUCUCAGGAGGUGGGAGACAGGGGGCUGUGGGGUGAUAGUUUCACAGAAUUUCCUUUGAGUGUCCAGCUACCAUAUGGUUAAAGCUUUUCUUCAUGGUGCUUCCUGAUUUGUCAUAAGAUCAGAACUUUUGAUUUUCAGACCCUUAUAGAAAUGCUCAAAAUAUAUAUUUAGUCACUAUGUAAAUAAACCCACAGAAACUGCCCAAGACCUUAGACCUUCAGCUAGAAGGACUAGAUGUAUGCUGGGUAGCAAUGUGAAUAACUGUAAAUGAGUAUAUAAGAAAUCAUAACAAAAUACAUCCAUUUUAUGUAUUUUAUGGCCUUGUGGAUGAGAAAUUUCUGUUUCCUUGGAACUCUAUAUGGUGUAAAAAUAAGGUAAUGGUUAAUAAAAUCAAAGAAUUGGAAAAACCAUUUGUAGUCAUCAAUUGAAUAUUUUUGAUUUAGAGUUUAUUUGGUUUUAUUGAGAAUUUUUCAGCA